UACUACACACACAUUUAGGUAGACACAGAACUAGAGAGAGAAAACAGGGAGUAGGUUCUGCAAUUGAAGAAAAAAAAUAAGCUUUUUGGUAGGCUUGAGUGAAAAUGGAAGACAGUGAUGAAGAAUGGGUCAUGGUUAAACCAGUUUUAGAUAAAGAUUUGUGGAAUCCAUCAUCAUCAUCAUCAUCUUCAAGCAGCUCGAAUGAAACAGAGAAGAAAGCUUUGAAGGUGAUUUUCAAUGGUGAAGCUAAGCACUGGACUGAUGCUAUCCCCAUCGGCAAUGGCCGCCUUGGUGCUAUGGUCUGGGGUGGUGUCACCACUGAAACCAUCAAUCUUAAUGAUGACACGCUGUGGACAGGGGUUCCCGGAGACUACACGAACCCAGAUGCUCCGACAGCAUUGUCGGAGGUCAGAAAGCUCGUCGAUGACGGAAAAUACCCCGAAGCUACUACCGCCGCCGUCAAAUUGUCCGGCGAUCCCUCUGACGUUUACCAACUUCUGGGCGAUAUAAACCUAGAAUUUUCCGACGAUCUUGCUGCCUACGAUGAUAAAACGUAUCAAAGAGAGCUUGAUUUAGAUACAUCCACAGUAAAAGUCAAAUACUCUAUAGGCGAAGUUGAAUUCACAAGGGAACAUUUUGCUUCAUACCCAGAUCAAGUUAUCGUUUCAAAAAUCUCCGGAAGCAAAUCCGGAUCUUUAUCAUUCACUGUAUUUCUCAACAGCAAGCUCCAUCAUCAUUCCUAUGUAAACGAUCAAAACCAGAUUAUAAUGGAAGGAUCAUGUCCUGGUAAAAGAAAACCACCGACACUUUUUGCUAAAAAUGAUGAAAACCCCGAAGGAAUAAAGUUUUCCGCGAUUCUUGAUUUGCAAAUUAAUGGUGACAAGAGCAUCAUAAGUGUUCUAGAUGAAAAGAAGCUUAAAGUCGAGGGGUGUGACUCAGUUGUGUUACUUUUAGUAGCAUCGUCUUCAUUUGAAAGCCCAUUUACAAACCCUAAAGAUUCAAAACGUGAUCCAGUUUCUGAAUCUUUAAACACAUUGGAAUCAUUAAAGAACUAUUCGUAUUCAGAACUUUAUGCUCGCCAUGUCGAUGAUUAUCAAAAACUAUUUCAUCGUGUCUCCAUUGAGCUUUCAAGCUUGAAUAAUGAACAAAAUGUCGCGACUUCUGAAAGGGUCAAAUCUUUUAAAACAGAUGAAGAUCCUUCUUUGAUUGAGCUUUUAUUUCAAUACGGGCGUUAUUUGUUAAUAUCAUGUUCACGACCUGGUACACAACCGGCUAAUUUGCAGGGAAUAUGGAAUAAUAAAGUCGAACCCGCUUGGGAUGGUGCUCCUCACUUGAACAUUAAUCUUCAAAUGAAUUAUUGGCCUUCACUUUCGUGCAAUUUGCAUGAAUGUCAAGAACCGUUGUUUGACUACAUAUCAUCUUUAUCGGUCAAUGGAAGUAAAACUGCAAAAGUGAAUUAUGGGGCCAAUGGGUGGGUUACACAUCAAGUUUCUGAUAUUUGGGCCAAAACAUCCCCCGAUCGAGGUGAGGCUGUGUGGGCUCUAUGGCCCAUGGGUGGAGCUUGGCUUUGUGCCCAUUUAUGGGAGCAUUAUACGUAUACAAUGAACAAAGAAUUUCUAGAAAAGAAAGCGUACCCAUUACUAGAAGGAUGCACAUUAUUUCUUUUGGAUUGGUUAAUUGAAGGGAAAGGAGGUUAUCUUGAAACAAAUCCAUCAACUUCUCCAGAACAUAUGUUUAUUGCACCCGAUGGUAAGCCUGCAAGUGUAAGCUAUUCAACAACAAUGGACAUGUCAAUCAUAAAAGAAGUAUUCAUCGCCAUUGUUUCUGCUUCCGAGGUUUUGGGUAAAGAAAAAAGUGAUUUGAUUCAAAGAGUUCUUAAAGCUCAACCACGACUCAACCCAACCAAAAUUGCUAGGGAUGGUUCCAUUCUUGAAUGGGCGCAAGAUUUUGAAGAUCCAGAAGUGCAUCAUCGCCAUGUGUCACAUCUAUAUGGACUUUUUCCUGGGCACACAAUAACUGUUGAGAAAACUCCGGAUCUUUGUAAAGCUGCAGACUAUACUCUUGUCAAGAGAGGCGAGGAGGGUCCCGGAUGGUCAACUACAUGGAAAGCAGCUUUGUGGGCCCGGCUUCACAACAGCGAACAUGCAUACCGAAUGGUCAAACACUUGUUUGACUUGGUUGACCCUGAUCAUGAAAGUGAUUAUGAAGGAGGGCUUUAUAGUAAUUUGUUCACAGCCCACCCCCCUUUCCAAAUUGAUGCCAAUUUCGGAUUUUGUGCAGCGAUAGCUGAGAUGCUUGUUCAGAGCACGAUGAAGGAUUUGUACUUGCUUCCUGCACUUCCUAGAGACAAAUGGUCAAAGGGUUCGGUCAAAGGGUUGAAAGCACGUGGGAAUGUAACAGUUAGUAUCUCAUGGAAGGAAGGUGAUCUUCAUCAAUUUGGUAUUUGGUUAUCCAAAAGCAACAAAUUAGAAGGUUUAAAGAAUCAGAAUUGUACAAAAAGAGUGCAUUAUGGAGGAAGUACAAUCAUGGCUAAAAUGACAUUUGGGAAAGUAUACACGUUUGAUAAGAAGCUAAGAUGCAUAAAGACAACAUCUUUGUUUUGAUUCAUUUAAUCUUUAGUUUUUUUGAAUUUGUACUCGAUUACUUGGCCACGUGUAAUAACAUUUUGAUGAGGUUUUUGUAUUCUUCCUCGUAUGAUAUGGGAUGUAAGAGAUUUCAUUUAAUUUAAUAAAAUAAAUUACGUAUUUGUCUUAUAA